AUGCCCCCGGCAGAGCAACGCAGGGCAGUGGGCCAGCUCUUCGCAGUUGGCUUCUACGGGACCGAAAUCAACAAAGAAAUCAAGUCGCUCAUCCAAGACUAUGGCGUGGGUGCCAUUGUCCUCUUCAAGCGCAACAUCCAAGACGCCGCCCAGCUACAAGCUCUCUGCCUGGGCCUUCAAAAAUUGGCCAGCGACGCCGGCCACGCCCAGCCUCUCCUUGUCGGGAUUGACCAGGAAAACGGCCUCGUGACUCGCAUUUCACCUCCAGUCGCGGCACAGCUGCCCGGGGCCAUGACCCUGGGAGCAGCCGCCUCGUUCGAGAGCGCGUACCGCGUCGCCAAAGCCACGGGCAACACGCUGCGACAUUUUGGCAUCAACAUGAACUACGCCCCGGUCGGCGACGUCAACAGCGAGCCGCUGAAUCCCGUCAUUGGAGUACGGAGUCCCGGCGACGACCCCGACAGAGUUGCCCGGUUUGCCGUCGAGUGUGCCAGGGGCCUGCGGGAGACCAGAGUCGCGCCCUGCAUCAAGCACUUCCCGGGCCACGGCGACACGGCUGUGGAUUCGCACUACGGCCUGCCCGUCGUCAACAAGACCAGAGAGGAGCUGGAGCGGCUCGAGCUGGUUCCCUUUCGCCGCGCGGCAGCAGAGGGCAUCGAGAUGGUCAUGACUGCGCACAUUGCUCUGCCCAAGCUGGGCGGCUCGCAUCUGCCCGCCACCCUGUCCCCCGAGACCAUCAAAAUCCUGCGCGACGACGUCGGGUUCGAGGGCGUCAUCAUGACCGACUGUCUGGAAAUGGACGCCGUCCGAGCCGGAUGCGGGACGGUAGAGGGCGCGCUCAUGGCGCUCCAGGCGGGAGUCGACAAUGUCAUGAUUUGCCACUCGUACGACGCGCAAGCUGCUUCCAUCGACCGCGUCUGCGAGGCCCUCCAUGCCGGAGAGCUGUCCCAGGCACGGCUCGACGCGUCGCUCAAGCGGCUGCGCGACCUGAAGCAUAAGUUCACGAGCUGGGACACGGCACUGGAGGUCCGGCCGCCGUCCGACCUGGCCAGCCUGAGCAAGGAGAACGAGGCCCUCGCUCGCGACAUUUACGCCCGCGCCACCACGGUUGUCCGCUCAGAGGCAGGCCUCUUGCCCGUCUCCAGAACCGCCAGCACCGUGUUUGUCUCGCCGGCCGUCAACGUUGUGACCAGCGCCGCCGCGUCCAGCGGAGAGGAGGUGCACAAAACCCGCGUGCCCUGGGUUUCCGCCGCCCUUGUCGACAGCCUCCGCCGGUACAACCCUGCCAUUGCCGACGUUCCCUUCGCAGACUCUUCCUUGACGCCAGAGCAGUGGAGGCAGGUCGAGGACGCGGGCGUGGUCAUUCUGGCGACGAGAAAUGCGAGGGAAUCGCGGUACCAGCACGGCCUCGGACUGGAGAUUGCCAAGAGACGGGCGGGCAAGACGCUCAUCUCCGUGGCCACGUGUAAUCCGUAUGAUUUCAUCGACGACCAGGCCGAGGUGAGGAACUUUAUUGCCUUGUAUGAACCUACCCUGGAGGCAUUUGCGUCGGCGGCCGACAUUAUCUACGGCGCGGCCACGGCUCGGGGUAAAUUGCCCGUUGCUCACUAG